AUAAAUAAUAAUAUUGAUAAUACAUAUCUCUUUUUAGCUCGUAAUUUUGCUCGAACAAUCAAGUAAAAAAAAAUAAUCAAAUUUUGUAAAGCAAUAUUUAAUUGCUUAUUGUUAUUAUAACUAUUAUAAUACUGACAAUCGCGAUUGAGACAAUCGUGUCGAGGUUAGUGGUCCUGGUUCCGGGAGGUCUGGCAGCAGCAGCAGAAGUUGCUGUUGGUGGUAGUACGAACCCGUUUGGUUCGAAUUCCGUUUGGUUUGGUGCGGGCCCGGCUCGUCCGCCGAAGGUCCGAUCCGACGUAACCACGACGUACUAUCUAAACCCGACGACCACCGCCACCCAAAUUCCCUACGUAGUGCCCUUGACAUAUCCCACAAUCCUACCCUGUCCAGAGCUGACGCCCUCGCAGACGGCCGCCCUUUACCAUCACCAUCAUCACCAGCAGCAGUGCCCCAGUUACCCUUGUCCCUGCAGCCAAUGCUCCCCUCACAUGUACUCUGCUAACCAGCUGGCGGCGCCCCCGAAUACACUCAUCGUCAACAGAUUCACCGAGAUCAACUACUUCGACAACCCCACGGCCGCAUCUCCAGACAAACUGGUCGCUUACGACAUGAGAGGAAGCGACGAAUUACUGUCGCAGUCCAACGUAUCCGUGAUGGCUCCGUCAGCCCCGCACACAGACAACAACAAUCAAGAAAGCGCCAAAAAGGUUAAACUGGAGCAGAAUGUAGGAAAGCCGUCGAGGGUGAUCCACAUCAGGAACAUCCCGAACGACGUGACCGAGGCAGAGAUAAUCCACCUGGGUAUACCUUUCGGCCGUGUCACGAACGUGCUGGUGUUGAAGGGAAAGAACCAGGCGUUCCUCGAGAUGGGCGACGAGACCUCAGCAACAACGAUGGUUAACUACUUCGGAAGUUGCAUGGCUCAGCUCAGGGGCAGAGCCGUCUACGUCCAAUACUCAAAUCACAAGGAGCUCAAAACCGAUCAAACGCACUCGAAUGCCAACGCUUCGGCCCAAGCAGCCCUUCAAGCUGCACAAGCUAUGAGCGGAACCCAACCAGGAGGCACUCCAGCUGUAACACCUGUGACGCCGCUGACCAACGGCCAGGACAUCCAAGGCGGUCCAAACACCGUCCUCCGAGUCAUCAUCGAGCACAUGAUUUAUCCCAUCAGUUUAGAAAUACUCCACGUGAUAUUUCAACGAUUCGGCAAGGUCCUCAAGAUCGUCACCUUCACCAAGAACAAUUCAUUCCAAGCGCUCAUCCAGUACCCGGACACGCAGUCCGCGCAGGCAGCUAAGCAAACCUUGGAUGGCCAGAACAUCUACAACAGCUGCUGCACCCUCCGCAUCGACUACUCGAAGAUGACCGCCCUCAACGUCAAAUAUAAUAACGACAAGUCUAGAGACUACACGAAUCCCAACCUUCCAACAGGUGAUUCGAAUGACCAACUGGCCACAUUAGGAGGAGGCUUAGCCGGAGGUCUGGGCGCAGACAUCCUCUUGCUAGCAGCGCAACCUAGACUCGCUAGGGAAAGACUGACAGAUUCUUUAUUAGCUGGUGCUCCAGGUGUAUUGAGCAGUCCGUUCAUGCACAGCCUCGCAUCCCCAUUAGCUACCCCAUACGCAGGUGGUGUAGCCGGUGGUAUUCCCGGCCUAGGAGGAUUCGCCCUCGGCCAGACAACCCCAGGUUUGAGAGGUCUCGCAACGCCGGGACUCUCUUUAGCCACCGUGUUGUUAGUCAGCAAUCUCAACGAAGAAAUGGUCACGCCUGACGCUCUCUUUACCCUAUUUGGUGUCUAUGGGGAUGUGCAAAGGGUGAAGAUUUUGUACAACAAGAAAGAUUCCGCUUUGGUUCAAUUGGCCGAACCUCAUCAAGCUCAUUUAGCUAUUACGCACAUGGACAAGUUGAGGGUGUUUGGUAAAAAUAUCAGGGUAAUGUUGAGCAAACACCAGACGGUGCAGAUGCCCAAGGAGGGACAACCAGAUGCUGGUUUAACCAAAGAUUACAGCCAGAGCCCGUUGCACAGGUUCAAAAAGCCUGGUUCCAAGAACUACCAGAACAUCUAUCCGCCAUCAGCGACGCUCCAUCUCAGCAACAUACCGGCUACUGUCAACGAGGAAGACAUCAAGGACGCUUUCAACAAGAACGGAUUCAUCGUAAAGGCCUUCAAAUUCUUCCCGAAAGACAGGAAGAUGGCUUUGAUCCAGCUGCCAAGCAUGGACGAGGCGGUCGUCGCAUUGAUCAAAAUGCACAAUUACCAGUUAUCAGAAUCAAAUCACUUGCGAGUGUCGUUCUCAAAAUCGAGCAUAUAAUAUAGAAGGUCUCGUUAACACAGUAUUCAUUCCAACACAGCAGCUACGGAUUUGGUUCAAAGCCCUUACUCCCUUACACCCGUGAAGUAGCUAGCUAAGCGCGCGCGAAACUUUAUUUAUUAAUAUAUAUAUAAAGUAUAUUUAAAGAAGAAAAAAAAACAACCUAAAACU